CGUGCGGCCGUGGCGGGGCUGGACAGGGUCCAGGUCGUUGAGGAUUAGGCUGUUCGGGCGUAACCGGAGCUGGGGCGCGGCUGCCAAGUGCCGGCCCGCAAGUCCCAGCGGUCUUUAAAUUCUCCCGUGCUAGGGCCGGCCUGCGCAUUCUUACCUGUCGACGUGCGGCGAGUGUCCUACCGGUCUGCACUUCCAAGGACUCUUGUCAUCUGCCUUAGGCGGGAAAUGCUGUUGCUGGAUUGCAACCCCGAGGUGGAUGGUCUGAAGCAUUUGCUGGAGACAGGGGCCUCGGUCAACGCACCCCCGGAUCCCUGCGAGCAGUCGCCUGUCCACUUAGCCGCAGGAAGCGGCCUUGCUUGCUUUCUUCUCUGGCAGCUGCAAACGGGCGCUGACCUCAACCAGCAGGAUGUUUUAGGAGAAGCUCCACUACACAAGGCAGCAAAAGUUGGAAGCCUGGAGUGCCUAAGCCUGCUUGUAGCCAGUGAUGCCCAAAUUGAUUUAUGUAAUAAGAACGGGCAAACAGCUGAAGAUCUCGCUUGGUCAUGUGGAUUUCCAGACUGUGCCAAGUUUCUUACAACAAUUAAAUGUAUGCAGACAAUAAAAGCAAGUGAACACCCUGACAGGAAUGAUUGUGUUGCUGUGCUCAGACAGAAACGAAGUCUUGGAAGUGCAGAAAAUACCAGUGGGAAAAGGAAGUGUUGGUAAGUAACUCAGAGCUGCUGCUGUUUUCCUCCCGCAGUGAUUGAUCUCGUUUGCAUAGCAUUUAUUAUUCCAUUUAAUACUGACACUCGUAUUUCUAGUAGUAUUGUUUCAUUCUCAUUAACGUUUUAAUACUGGUUAUACUUACCAGAAUCUAGAGACCAAAAAUGGGACGCAUGGUGGAAGUUUGGGGAUAAAACUCAUUUUAAAAAAAAGUUUUUAAUGUUAACGUUUUUUUAAAAACAGAUGUCACGUGGGUUAUCAAGAAGUCUGAAGAACGCCUUCAUUUCAUGCAGAUCUAUAAGCUCCUGCUUUUGGCUUUACCAUAUGUUGUGUCUAAACUCCUUCUGAGAAGGAGGAAAAACUUUCUUCCAAGUGAAGAUCCAUUUAAGAACACAUGUAUUUACAUGCCUAUAAUAUGCUGGUUGUGUAUGCUUUGUGUUUUAAGUUAUUAAAGGAAUGUCUAAAAAAUA